AUGUCCACAGCAACGCUGAUCUUGCGAGGGGGCCAGAGCUUCUUGAUGAUGGAAAUCCAGGGUCCCCGAUGGGUCCCGUACUUUUUUGCACGGCAACCUAUUGCGUGCCAAACUCUGCAAGAUCGCCUUGGCCUUGACAUCAUUGUCUCGUCCUCCAAUCUCUGCACCACACAACACGUCAGUCUAGACCAACGGGACAGGGGCCAGGCAGCAAAACACCACACAUCCACCUGGACAACCGCAUCGGACGAAUCAGACGAGCCGGGCAGCAACGGGGCCAAACGCCUCGCGAUGCCCAAUGAGCUGGCGGGCGCCUUUCCCUCAACAAUGAGGGCUCACGAAAUAUCUUUGCACGCGCCUCAUCCGCCGUACGAGCCAACCGGUACUGAAGAUCAUCUGGGCGCGGUCCUUGGCCUAGAGCCAUCUGGAAGCUCAUUUGCUGCGGUCCGAGGUCAUGCCUGGAACAGCAGCUUUCCUCUGUACCGGCCCGGCAUGACAUUGCAGACGGGCAUGUCGCACAGCAUGCUGCGGGUAUUAAUCACUAGUUCGCGAGAAGCAAGCCCCAUCUUCGACAUUUCAGACAUCGAGCGCUAA